GUGGCUUUUUUUCUCCUCUUCCUUCGCGCGACGCGAGAGGAGGCUUUCUCUCUCUUCGUAUCGGCAUACUCUUGUCGUUGUUCAUCAGCACUUGUGUUACCUUAUUGCAGUUUGUCGCGCGUAUAAAGUAUAUACCGCUGAUGUUUGUGACUUGUGACAUUUUUGCUUGGUUCAGCGAUUAGCUCUGCAGUUCUUCGGUAUAUAGUCUGCCUGUUGACGCCACAAAAUUACCAUCCAGUACCUACCCGUCUCGCUCACGCCUUGCACCUACUUAUCAUCAUCUUCUUCGAGAGAUAAAAUAAAAAGUAGAAGAGAGAAGAAGAUAGCAAGAAACGACGACGAUGGCGACACAGAUGUGAUCGAGUAAAGGCACACGACCUCGUAUCACAUCGAUAAUUAAAUACGCAAACAGCAGCCGCGUAAAAACCGACGUUCACCAGAGCAACCAAAAAUGGAAAAGGAAGAGGCAGCGGCCGCGUCCGCGAGUUCGAUGGCCAGGGAAGUCAACGCGCCGGUACCCUCGGCACCACCCUCGGCACCACCAUCUUACGAGGAAGCCAUUGGCUUGAUACCGGGUGCAGUGCCAAACGUCCUCCAACCGGGAAUGGCACCCUAUCCGCUAGUUCCGGCCCAGCCGAUGCCCAUGGUGGCGCCGAUGACUACAAAUUAUGCGCCUACGCUGGUCGCUCAGCCGCAGGUACAGAGCGCCGCCCAGUCGCAAGCGCCGGGGGUACGGAUCAUUCAUCAGCAGACCGUUCACAUAACCAUGGGCCCGAACCCCAUCAAAAUGAGCUGCCCGUCCUGCCACAAGAACAUUAAGACGACUACGACGUCCGACCAUCAGCCGGUCGCCCAUAUUUGCUGUAUCGUCCUCUGCUUGUUUGGGUGCUGCCUGUGCUCGUGCUUGCCCUACUGCCUGAGCGCCUUCAUGAACGUCCAUCACUUCUGCCCGAACUGCAAGGCGUACAUCGGUACCUGGAAGGGCUGAUUGUUCGAUCUGUCUAGCCUGCGAGUCUAGAGUUUACAAAAAAAGCCAAUGUGCAGUGCGCAUUCACGCAUAAGCUUAUUAUACAUACACGACGUGAUCAGCGAGGAAAAAAAAAAUUUCGUAAAAAAAAUCUGAAAGAGAUCGAGAGAGCUCCUUCAUCAGUAUUUUUGUGUUUCAUUGAUUCGCUUCACGUUGGUAUUGAGUAAUAAUCAUGCGAUUGUAAAAAUAGAGAAUAAUAUCGGACUAUGAAUGUUGUUGCGAUUGAAAUGGUUUGCUGUAGCUAUUUAGGUUUAAGUGUAAAUUGAUAAGAGGGUUAUCGCGAUUCGACCAAAAUAAAACAAAAAAUAAAUCAUCGACUUUUCUCGUGUCCAGAGCACAUCUAGUCUCACUUGGUAAGGGAGAUCUCUCAUCAAAAGCUAAAAUACUCUACAAUUAAUCUAUCUUAUUUCUAUCUUUGAAGACCAAUUAUUUGUAAAGAAAAUAAUGUGCGUAGCUCGAGAUUCAAUUGUUCGAGAGAAAAGUUUUUUUUUUAUACAAAACUAAACAGCAAAAGUGUUACCAACAAAGAGAUCGUAGAUUUCAGAUGGAGGAUAAACGUUUAAUCACAUAUUUGCGUCGCACUAUUGAAGAGGAAAAAAUAUAAGGAACUUUGACCAAUAUUGCAUUUUUUUUUUUUUUAACUUGUUUCCACUUAUAUUUUAUGUGUAUAUAUUUUUUAAAAUACAACGUAAAUAAACCAAGAUGUGCUUUUUCGCACGAUUAAUCACCAGCCCUUCCAAAUCGCCGCUCCGUUGUCUAAACUCACUUAUCAAAAUUCCCUACAAAUUUAAUUUGAUGUGCAAUACUACUCUAAUAAAAAUUUCAUCGGUGUAAAUAAAUAAUAUUGGUAUAUUUGACAUUUCACUAGUUUAGUAAAUAUUCCAACGUCAAGAAUUACCAUUAAGACGAAUAAAAAUUAAUUUGACAAUUCCCGAUUACAAAAUAAAUCAAUAAAUGAUAUUGUAAUUGAAUGACAAGAGGGGAUCGGAGGGUUCGCGACUCAAUUUCAUCCGAUGCGACAGCAAUAAACCGUGCAAUCUCCAUAUUAUGUGGGGCUUUAUGUAUGAUAUUCGAUAUCGUAUCUAAAUUGUAUCUGCCCACUCAAUUAUUCCACGGGAACAACACGAGAGGAAAUGGAACGAAGGGGCCUGUCGUAGCCAGCUCAAGCUAGUCAAUCAAACUUACUCGGAAAUGUUGCGCGAUACUUCAACCCCUGACUAAAUAUCACAUGUAUCGUUUCCCUUAAAAUCUUUUCGAUUGACUCGACUUUGAUUACAAUCCACGUUUUGAUGUGUCAGCAUAUUUAUUAUCUCUCUCUGACUAUGGAACAUAAUGUCAUCCGAAAUCGAAUUAGUAUUCGCUGUAAAUAAUAUCAAAGGACUAAAUACGAAUUGCAGUACGCGGAUUCAAAAAAAAAAAAAAAAUCACAAUUUUCAACCAAUCAUACAAAGUAUGAAUAUAGAACAUAAUGAAAAGACUCAUAAUUCAUAAAAACUAUUUAUUUGAAAAUAUUUAGUAAGUAUUAGCAUUGGGUUUCAUGGGUUGCCAAGGUAAAAGAAAAGUAACACCAACACCCAUAGAUACGUAUGUCUCUUCGAAGUUCCGAGAGGCGAACCCCUAGACCUAGACAAAAGAUGCACAGCUUAAAUACUUGAAAUUCCCGAUCCCCAAAGACAAAAAACGUCGCACUUGCCAAACGAGAUGCUACAGAAGCAAAAAGUCCCUCGCUUGGCAGCCGGCCGAUUAACAAUCCGGCGGCUCAGUGACGCCGAUGUUCCCUCUUCAUGACUUCCGGUUCGGGGGGUGUAGUCGGGUGAGAACAUCUGUCGCAGCAGCCAAGGUACCUCUCCCUUAUUGUUAGUAACGUCGCGUGGGGUGAUUCAUUUGAGUUUGUGCGGGGCCAGCUCGGCAGUAUCCACACAACAAAUGAAUUGGUAUAUAUUUGUAUGCUUGAUGGGGUAAAACUACGUGACGUUAUUAAUUUGAGGUCUGCUCAACUGUAGCUCUACGUGGAUGACUGGCGUCUACGUUUAAUUGCGAUGAGAAAUCUAAUACCUAUUUCUUCCGACAAUAAAUAAAAACUUGAUGACUAUUGUGGAAGUUUCAAUCGCUCUCUAUUCGCGAUUCUUUUCUUUACAAACUGCAUCUCCAUCAUUCGGAAAAA